AGCGAUCCUGGGCAAUCCGGACGUCCUCGGUUCGACCGGCUGGUACCAGAUGCUGCAGAAUGACUUCUGGGGCACACCGCUGACCGAUUCCGGCUCGCACGGCUCGUACCGUCCGCUGUGUGUGGCCAGCUUCAAAAUCAACUACCUGCUCGAUGGCUUCAAACCGCUGGGGUAUCAUCUGGUCAACGUGCUGCUGCACUGUCUGGCCACGGCGCUGGUCGUCCGGCUGGCGCGGCACAUUAUCCCCUCGCGGUACGGUGCGGCCAUAGCGGGGUUGCUCUUUGCGGCGCAUCCGAUCCACACGGAAGCUGUGGCUGGCGUCGUUGGGCGGGCGGAUCUGACCGCGUGUGUCUUCUACCUGCUGGCCCUGCUCGCCUACAUCCGGCACAUCCAAUGGCGUCAGUGUAGCGACUUACGUCACUGGCUGGCACUGGGGCUCACCAUCCUGCUGGCCGCCGCCGCCGUUCUAUGCAAAGAAACUGCCGUGACAGCUUUAGUGGUUUGUGCAAUUUAUGAUAUCAUAAAAGGAUACGCCGGUUCCAGAGAUAAGCACCGCUUCCGAAGUGUGGGAAUUCUAGCGCUGGCCCUGGGUAGUAUCCUACAUGCACGUCUCUCGCUACCUCAACCAGCAGUCCUGUUUUCCACGGCGGACAAUCCAACAGCGAAAACCGGUUCCAGCUGGACCCGGUUUCUAACGUUCUCCUACCUACCAGUGGUCAAUUUCCGGCUGUUGCUCUACCCGAACGUGCUGAGCUUUGACUGGGGCAUGGAUGCAAUCCCCCGGAUCAGCAGUCUCUUCGACGGAAAGAACGUGCUUUCGGCUCUAUUCUACGGAACGCUAACAAUGGCCGUGUGGUUCAACGUACAGACGCUGAUGAAACAGAGUCUGCCCAGUGUAAAUAGUAGCUUCAGUAGAAAACUAGCUAGUAAACUUGUGAUGGCCCGGACGAACCCGGGGGGACAGCCGCAUGGUGAGCUGAACGAUUCGUGUGGAUACUGUAAGCACGAAUUCGGUCUACAUCAUUCCAAUCAGUGCCGAGCCUUGCACAACAACAACAGUAUGUCUUCUAUCAUUUGCGGAUGCGUGUAUCCGUCGUGUAAAUAUUUAUCACUAUCGCCUUCAUCUUUGACUACGUUCCUCCAUCGAAUGGACGACCACAAAUUGACCGCUCCGGCAGCAGCCGGCAACGGAUAUUGGACGCAUAAAAAGCACUGUUGGAACCGAGACAAGCACGCCGCCAAUGGAUUCAGCAGCGACCAUCUGCCGUUCAGUAUAUCCCGAACGUCAUCGUCCUCAUCUUCAUCGUCUUCUUCCUCAUCUUCCUCAACCAGUUCUUCGUCAUCUUCAUUUUCGUCCUCGACCUCCUCGGCAUCGUCUGUGUCGUCGUUGUCCUACGAGGACGCAACUGCCAAAUUCAAUUCCUCAGCAGCGAUCCUUAUCUCCAUUUCCCUGCUAAUCCUGCCCUUCCUCCCAGCGACCAAUCUCCUGUUCUACGUCGGCUUCGUAGUGGCCGAGCGCAUCCUCUACCUCCCCAGCGUUGGCUAUUGCCUGCUGAUUGGUUUGGGCGUGAGCAAACUUAUCGACGGGAGCCCCCCGUCGCCGAGCUCGGGCUCCCAGCGCAUUAGUGGUAAUAGUGGCUUUCGAGCGAAGAGCAGCAAAAGUUUCAUCAGCGAUGGUGAUAGAUAUAAGUACCGUGCCAAUGGCAGCACAGGUCUAAGUGCGAGACAUCAUAAAAGUCAUUCCUCCAAUCCCAACACCGCUAGCAACGGCACCAGUGGCACCGCAAUCUCUGCAACAGCGCGAAAAAGUGCCAACAAUGGCAGCAGUGGCGGUGGUGGGUCGGUGGAAAUUGUCGGCGGGGGCAGACGGAAGGCAUUGGGGGGUGGUGGUAGAAUCCGUAGUAGAAAUAGUGAUGCUAGUGCUAGUGAUUAUCAACAGCGUAAGCGACAAAUCAUUCUGGUGUGCUUCGGUGCGAUGCUGCUAGUGUACAGUGGGAAAACUUUGCUGCGCAAUCUGGACUGGCAGGACGAGGAAAGUCUGUUCCGGAGCGCCAUCAGCGUCAACCCACCGAAAGCACUCGGAAAUCUUGGAAGUGUCCUUAGCGCGCAAGGCCGCCAUCAGGAAGCCAAGGAGGCACUGAAGGCGGCCCUCAGCUACCGCCCCAACAUGGCGGAUGUACAUUACAAUCUAGGAAUUUUACUACAAAAUCAACAAGACUAUGAAGAGGCUGUGGAGAGCUUUCGGAAAGCUAUUCAGUUUCGACCGUCGCUGGCAUUGGCCUAUCUCAACCUGGGGACAUCGCUGGUGGCGCUCGGUCGUUGCCAGGAAGCGGCCAGUGUGCUGCGUGAGGGAUCCAAGCUGGACGGAGUUGGAUUGCGUGAUCGGGCAGCCCAUGACAACGCCCGGAUCAGUGCCCUGCUACAGCUGGGCAACCUGUACGCGGACCAAGGAAAACUCCAGCGGGCACUGGCCGUGUACCGGGAGGCGUUGCACAUCCUGCCCGAUCACUAUCCACCGCAGGGCAUCUAUCACCGGUUGGGGGAAGUUUUUGCCCGGCUCAACCAGUGGUCGGAAGCGGAGCGAUUCCAACGGGCGGCCCUGGAGGCCCAACCGGACCACAUAGCGGCCCACCUAUCCUAUGGAUCGAUGCUGGCGAGAAAUAGCAGCCGAACUUCGGAAGCGGAGCAGUGGUUUAAGCGGGCCCUACGGCUAGCGCCUGCGGACGCCAGCGUGCAUCAUCACUACGCGGAAUUUCUCACCUCCGUUCGCCGCACGGCAGAAGCCUGCCAGUAUCGAGUGAAGGCAGCCGAGUUGGCCCCGGAUGAUUACUCCCUGGUGACGGCCGCCGCCUCAGCACUCCGUUUGCUCGACCGGAAGGUCGAAGCGGAACGGUGGUACCGACAGGCCGUCAACCUACGCCCGGAGGAGGCACGUGCCCACACGAACCUCGGUGCCAUUCUUCAUCUGCUGGGUCGGCCCCAGGAGGCCGCAAUCAGCUACAAAGAAGCCCUCCGACUGCAACCUAACGAUCUGACGACGCUGACCAAUCUGGCCAAACUGGGAAUUACGGAAAUUUCCUGAAGUACGCCCCCUCGUCCGGCGCCCGAACCACCGGUGGGGCCAUCGGUGGCCGACGAGGACGAUUUGAGCUAGCUCUGUAGAAAGGUGUUCUAGAGGGGUUGAGUGUGUAAAAAGCAGUUUGCGAUUUGUUGAAAUCUUGUAAAGAUUGGUUAUUUAUGUUUUACCGUUCCGGUGGAUGUACGAGAAUGGAUUAGGACUAGGCAAAUGAGAAACAAUAAUCAGCUGUAAAUAUCCUUAGAUGUAAGACAACAACUCUGUAAGAUAAAUCAGAUGAAACAUGAAAGGAUCAUAGCUAGUACAAGUUUGAACUAUCAAAAGACAGAUUUUGUACCAGAACAAAGAAGAAGAUGAAUCUAAGUU